AUGUCACGCACGUCAUUAGAGAAGGUUGAUUACCCGUAUUUUCAGAGUUUAUUGACUGGAUUGAUUUUCAAUGAAAAACAUAGAACGUACAUCCCUACGUUUUGCCCGGUCCGCCGGGCAGCCGGCGGGCCAGGUCGUGCCGGAACCCGGUUCGACCUCGUGCCGUGCCCACGACAUCGAGGGUACGGCCGUACCGGGCCUGGCUCGAACUCCCGGCACGACCGGAGAGGAAAACCCGGGCUGUGCCGGGCUUUGCCCAGACUUGGCACGAACCGGCUUCUCUCCGGGCACCGGGCUGUGCUAGCACGGUCGGCUCGGUCGUGCCGGGUUUGGGGUUCCGGGAGGUCUUCUUCCCGGAACUCCAACCUAGAGGACCCGGAAAAACGGGCCUCUAGAGGUGUCGUUUGGAACCCUCCUCCAAAAACCAGGUUAAAACCAGCAAAGGGCCCUCCAGCAACUCCUUCUGAACCUAGAGGCUACCGGGCGCCAACUCGACUACCGAACGAACGCGUUAGCGCAGUUAUUAAAGCCUCCGGUAGUCGUCACGUGCCUCAAAUGCGACUACAAGAUGGAAGUGAAGUACCUCUCAACAACAAGGGAAAAAUCUACAUAUCACAUAUUAGCCCACCAAGUGUGUUUGAAGCAUAUAAGAAGCAAUUCAAGAGGGACUUCUCCUUGUUCCUCAAGUGCCGUAGGGAAGAGGUGGUGGAGGGUGGCCACAUGGUGUUGACAUUCGUGGCAAGGAGAAGCUCCAAUCCCUCAACCCCCCUAUUGGGUAGCUACUUGUGGGAGCUUUUGGCAAAAACACUCAUGGACAUGGCCUCACUGGGCCUUAUUGAAGAGGAAAAGGUGGACUCCUUCAACUUGCCCUGGUAUGAACCAUCUAUGGAGGAAGUGAAGAAUGAGAUCACAAUCCAAGGCUUAUUUUCCAUCAAGAAAAUUGAACUCUUUGAAGUAAACCUGGAUGAUAAUUCUCAAGAAGCCCCUCGAAAUGAUCAUAAUUACAACCCAGUGGACAAAAGUGCUCAAACAAUGGCUAAGACGGUUAGAGCUGCUCUUGAAUCCGUGCUCAAAAGCCAUUUUGGAGAAGCAAUUAUUGAGAAGCUGUUCGAGAGAUACUGCUUCUUGCUUGAGGAGUAUUAUUCUAAGAAUAAAGCUGAAGUGAUCAACAUACUUAUUGUUCUUGAGAGAAAGUAG